AUGAUUCGGACGGUCCUAGUAUUGACGGUGCUGUAUGCUAAGAGCUUAGUAAGAGGCUCUGUGGAACAUGAUGGGGGUUUCAUUAAUGUUUAUUCAGCGCAAGGGGUUCCAGUGCCUGUCCCACCUCCAGUAGUGACGUCAGCUAGCUCCCAAUAUUUUGAAAGAACUUUCAAUAGAUUAGUAGUUCCACAAACGGCUGUACCUGUUGCGCCUGUCCAUCCAGUCGUCUCUGUAGCACCAGCAGCGCCUGUUAUUCCAGUCGCACCAGCGCCAUCAGUUUUUGUUCAACCAACAGCAAACUUGCCAGUGACUCCAGUUCAAAAUAACCCUAUUCAACCAAAUAUAGCAAUAGCUGUUGCUACAGCCCAAGCCGCACCUGUAGCCACGUUUCUGUUGCCACCUUACCCGUUUGCACCACCCCCAACUUCUGUCGGAUUUGUACCAGCACAACCUGGCAAUGUUCCAGAUGACUCCCGAAAAGAGACCACUACACCAACAACGAAACAAACUGAAGUGGAAACGACUACGAAACAAAUCGAAACUACUACGCCAUUGGCCACGUCGAAUUCGGAUAACAGUUUCGUACAAGCGUUGCCGUCUAAUCAAAAUACGAAUUUCAACAUUUACGGACCUCCUAGACCACAGUGGCCGCAGCAGCAUACGCCACAGCAACAGACGCCACAAAAGCAAUGGUAUCAACCACAAAGACCACUACAAAAGCCACUGAAGUUGAAGACUUCCGUAGAAAUCGUACCGGUGCCACUAGCUUACAUCGCACCACCUCCGCUUCCGAAAUUUCAGCAUAUAAGAACCGUGAAACAUAUUCAUACAUUUGUGCCAACUAAAGCUAAACUUAUAAUAAGGCCAGUGCAUGUAGUGUCUUCACCUGUCAAAGUACGUUCAGUUAGGGUUCCGGCAAAGUUAGUGUACAGACUACCAAUAACUGCUCGUGGAGGCCCUGGAAGACCAAUGAAAAAAGAAGUUGAACCUUUAACAUUUAGACCUUCUAUGAUACCUGUGACAAAGCCUCCAAGGCUAUAA